AUGGAGACGCAGAUGCAGGGAGUUCCGUUCAUUCUGUCGGGUCUCUUCGACUGCGAGCAGAAGGUCUCCGUGGUGCACGGACAAGUUUCGCGGAUCAAGGACUACGAGGAGGUCAUGAAGUCGAAAGACGAGGUGAUCAUGCACGCCGGGUUCCGCCGUUUCCCUGCUCGCCCGAUCUACUCCGAAAUCCCCAGGAAGAACUCCACCAACAAGAAAUACAAGUUCAUGCGCUUCCUUCACCAGGAGGUCACGGCAUGUGCUUCCUUCUACGCCCCUGUUGUCUUUCCACCGUGCCGUCUGCUGAUGUCCGUCAUGCCUGAAGGGGCACUCUUCCCGGAAUUGGCAGCGGCGGGCAGCGUGGUCAGUGUGGACCCGAAGCAGUUGGUGAUCAAGCGGAUUAUCUUGACAGGCUACCCCUUCCGCACGCAGAAGAACAAAGCUGUGGUGCGUUUCAUGUUCUUCAGCCCUGAGGAUAUCCGCUGGUUCAAGCCCGUUGAGCUCAGCACGAAGAAAGGGCUCAGAGGCCACAUCAAAGAGUCACUCGGCACCCAUGGUUACAUGAAGUGCCGCUUCUCUGCGCACAUCAAGCAGGACGAUACCGUCUGCAUGAACCUGUACAAACGAGUUUACCCAAAGUGGUACCCGCCUGCCUGGGGCGGCCGUACUGAUGCCGGGCCGGAGGAUGCAUAG